AGAAACGAAACUAAAAAAACAAAUAAGAAAAAAUAGCACGUAUCAAUUUUGGUUGCGCUCUUCUACGUUUCAAAGAUUCUAUUAUGAGAUAUGCCAUUUCUUUUACUAUAAAUUUGUGAUUUGGUUUUCUUGGAUUUCUAUUUGAUCCUUUAUCAAUUUGGAAUCCUUUCCUGGGUACUAGGGAAUUUAUUUUCCAGGGGGGAAGCCGUUGAUGAUUGUCAAAGUCUUUGCAAUCUCUGCCGUGAUAAUGGAAUUUACAGCAGGCACUGGAAUGAAUUCCAGACGGCGUCCAUUGCAUACCUGUGGAGUUUCAGCCUUAGCCAUCGCUCACAAAUCGUACAUUAAGGUUCAGGAUUUGAACGAAGCAUUAGGAACAAAGGCGAAAAAGAUAGCAACAUUAACCUCACUGGUUUCCUCUCUUGUCUAUGCCCUGCAACAUCUCUGGUUAGCCAUCUUGUCCUACUUUGACGAUUGUAUCUUAGCCCUCGAAGACGCAGUUGAGAGCGUUUUCCCACCUUCAAAACAUGUUUUUAACAAGGCUGAUGAGCUUGUCCAGAUCAUAGAAACUCUGCCUGGAAAGUUUGAUAAUGUUUUGGACAAAUUCCCUGUGAUAAUCGAGCAAGUUCCAUUGCUGGAUUGGGCAUUAGGCCAGGCCAUCUCUUGGCUGAGGUUUUUAACCUCAUUGUUAACUCAAAGGGGUUUAGGAAACGCAAAGGAAAAAGAGAUUGUUGUUGAUAUGGGUUACAAUGAAAGCAAUCGUGUAUCGGCAGCACCAAUUGAUGAAGCAAAGCGCCCUGCAGAAUCCCCAUAUCAUGUUGGCCUUAACAGUGAGGAAACAUUUCCUCCUGUAUCUGAAAAACCAAAAACUGAAUCUGAAAAGGUUAGUCUGCAAGCUAAGCCAAGUGCUGCAAAAGGAACAUACAAAGAAGUACUAGAGCGGAGGAAACAGGAAAUUACAGAAAAGAAUGAAACAAAAAUAGAUGCAAAGAAGGAUGAGAAUCAAAUUGGUACCGAUGUUGUGAAGGUCGAGGAAGCUAAGGAGGAAGCAAGUAAAAGAGAUGGCAUUGUACUGAAGAAUGAUUCCAUCUUAGAGUUAUUUGAUUCUGGAUGGCUUAUGAACAAUCCAGUAGGAAACGCCAUUGGAAGCUCACUACCACGUUCUGUUUCAUAUACAGAAGUACCUGAAAACGAGGGAACAGUCAAGAAUCCCAGUUUGUUGUCAUUCUGAAUAUUAUACUGCCAAUGUUAGCUCAUGCGUCUUGUACAUUUUAGAAUAAUUUUCUUCCAAUUGUUAGAGCAGACUGGUUGCUGCUGCUUUUCUACAUUAUGUGAAGUUAAAUCUUAUAUGUGUUCAUUGUAAAUUUAGGUUCUAAACUCAAACAGAAAUGUAAAAUAGGGAGAAAACUGUAUUAAAAGCAAGUGAACAUCAUCUGUGAAGAAUUCAAUAUGAACUUUUUUUCUUUUUCCUUCAGUUA